AUGACCAACACCAACAUACAGCUACAAGUCUUUCCCAGUUUGCACACUAUAGACUGUGCAAGUCAUACGGGGAUGCUGGAGAUGGAAGUUCCUGCCUUAAGCAAAAAGAUUUCCGCAGCUGAUGCAUCCCACAUUCUGGAGAAGUGUGUUCAAAGGCAGCAGAUUUCUCUCUUUUUUGCCCUCCAGUUUCAUCUAAAAAUUCGUUCUCCACUGAAAGGCAAGAGAGUAGGAAAGAGAAGCUAUAGUUUUCAAAUUUUCUUUGUAAUUUCAGAAAGCUGCACAUCUGCAAAAGUUGUUGCUGCUGUUGAUGUGAACACUCUUGCCAAUGAAGUUUAUAAGCACAACUUUCCCAGCAUACCACUAUGGGCAAAGACAAUUGAGGGCAUAACACUGAAAGAAUUUGACAGAUUAUCUUUUGAUAUGAUUUUGAUGAGUCCUCCCUGUCAGCCAUUUACAAGAAUUGGCCUGCAAGGUGAUGUGUCCGAUCCACGGACAAAGAGCUUUCUCUAUAUCCUUGAUAUUCUCCCAAGGCUCCAGAAGCUUCCAAAAUACCUACUUUUAGAAAACGUUAAAGGAUUUGAAUCCUCUUCUGCAAGAAAUGAACUUUUGCGAACACUAGAAACAUGUGGAUUUAAAUAUCAAGAAUUUCUCUUGUCUCCAACUUGUCUUGGCAUUCCCAAUUCUAGGCUGCGAUAUUUUCUAAUUGCAAAGCUUCACCAAGAACCAUUUUCCUUUCAAGCUUCUGAUCAGAUAUUGACAAGAUUCCCAGAUCAGGACCCAGAAGACUUAUUCAAGGACAAAGUCGCUGACAAAGUGGGUGAAGCUAGUUCCGCCUUGUCUGGUGAAGAGAAGAAUCUGGAUCCAAACAUUGGUCCUGAUUGCAGCAGCAAUAAGAAGUUACCGAAAGGGGCCUUUCUUUUUAAGCUUGAAACAGCAGAAGAAAUGGAAAAGAAAUGUCGUCAGGAUAAUAAUUCCUCUAUUCAAAUGCUAAAAGAUUUCCUGGAAGAGGAAAAUGAAGAUAUGAGUCAGUAUUUCUUACCACCAAAGUCCUUACUGCGCUAUGCUUUCUUGUUAGACAUUGUUAAGCCCACCUGCCGGAGAUCCACAUGCUUUACAAAAGGGUAUGGACACUAUGUAGAAGGGACAGGCUCAGUUCUGCAGACAGCAGUAGAUGUACAGCUUGAAUCAGUGUUUAAACACAUGGAGGAGUUACCAGAAGAAGAGAAGCUUAUGAAAUUGUCGACACUAAAACUGAGGUACUUCACCCCAAGAGAAAUAGCAAAUCUUCAUGGAUUUCCUCAGGAAUUUGGCUUUCCUGACAAAGUAACAAUAAAGCAAUGCUACCGUCUUCUGGGAAACAGCCUCAACGUACAUGUGGUGGCAAGAUUGAUCUCCAUUCUACUUGGAUAAUUUAGAACCUGAAUCUGAUGAGUACGGACUGGUGACAGAAAAUACUUCCAUCUGUCAAGAGAAGGCUGAUGGCAGCUGAACAAGAAUCGUAGCUUACCAAAAUAUCUGUCCAAACAUUUUGCUGAAGAGUUCUAAUAUAUUUUUAAUACCUUGCUUUUAUGGUGGAUUUGCACU